GGCAGCGCUGGCACUGGCGGUGAUCGUUGAGCUCCCCGGAGACUCCAUGGAGAGGGAAUGAGAUGAAAUAGGACUUCAGACCGGAUCAUGGCGGCGCCUCUCGGGCGGGACACCUUACCUGAACACUGGUCUUACGGUGUCUGCGGGGACGGCAGGGUCUUCUUCAUCAACGAUGAGACGCGGACCACCACCUGGCUGCAUCCCCGCUCCGGUGAACCGGUAAACUCGGGACACAUGAUCCGCUCAGACCUACCUGGGGGAUGGGAGGAAGGUUUUACGGACGAAGGGGCCAGUUACUUCAUAAAUCAUAACCAGAGGACCACGGCGUUUCGCCAUCCUGUGACGGGACAGAUUUCUCCAGAGAACGUGGAUUUUAUCCUGCAAGAACAGCCGCAGGGUGCUCGCAUGAUGUCCAAACCGGCGGGCGAGCAGCUCUCCAGCACCACCAUCAGCGAGGCCUCCACUGCCAUCACCUCCUCCACUGUGGACACCACCUCCGCCUCCAAGGGCUCCCGCUCCAGUGGCAAGGUGCACAGCUUUGGGAAGAGAGAACAGGCCAUCAAGAGGAAUCCUAAUGUUCCUGUGGUGGUCCGAGGAUGGCUGUACAAACAGGACAGCUCUGGGAUGCGUCUUUGGAAGAGGAAGUGGUUCGUCCUGGCCGAUUUCUGUCUGUUCUACUACAAAGACAGCAGAGAGGAAUCGGUCUUAGGCAGUAUUCCUCUGCCCAGCUAUGUCAUUUCACCCGUGGGACUCGAGGACCACAUCAGUCGCAAGUAUGCCUUUAAGGCUAGCCACACUGGUAUGCGCUCGUACAUUUACAAGCAGAGCUCUGUGAUUGGCUCGCAGGCGGAGCACACUGGGAUGCGGACGUAUUACUUCAGCGCCGACACCCAGGAGGACAUGAACACCUGGCUGAGGGCCAUGAACCAGGCCGCGCUGAUGCAGAACCACGCAGACGCUCUCAUCAGACCAUCUGACAAGUUGGAGAAGUUGAGCAUGUUGCAGCAGCAGGCCGUCCCGCAGACGAACAACGUGAACCAUCACAGGACCAAGACUUCAGACUCCGACGCCACCAGACCAAUCAUCCACGAGGUUCUCCUGGAGCCCAUACGCCGCGAGGCAGAGGAGCGCUGCAGCUUCCACAAAGACUCUCCUGCCAUCACCAUGUUGGAGCACCCCAUAGGAGGCGGCGGCCUGGAGAUGGACACGCACACCUCCCUCCCUUCCAACCCCACGCCCUCCGCCCUCCCACAGUCGGAGCACGUUUCGGCCUCGGCGCCUGUGUCCAGGGUGCCAUCCAGAGCGCCGUCGCGAGCCGCCUCAACGCUUCCCUCCAGCGUCUGCACACGGAACGGCCUCGUUUCCACGCCCAGCCCCAUUCUGGAGCCCAACGGGAUUGCAGCAGGGACGUACCAGAGGGCCCCUGCUGACACACACAAGCAGGUGCAGAGGAGAAGCGCCCUGGAUCAGGUGGAGCAGUGGGUCCAAGUGCAGAAGGCUGAGUACAAAGGCCCGCCAUCCAGAGAGAACACCCUCCCACGUCGCACGCCACCAACCCAGCACAAGUUCACCUCCGUGGACGCAUACCAAACCCUGCCAAAGACUCCUCGGCAGAGUCCCCCUCCUGGCCGAAUCGGUGAGUACAAGUACGCCCAGGACCGCCUGAGCCACUUCCGCCUCACCCCAGAGCAGGGCGGCCCCGGCUCCAACACCGUGUGGCAGCUGUACGAGUGGCAGCAGCGUCACCAGUUCCGUCACGGCAGUCCCACGGCGCCGCUCUACACCCCGGCCCCGGAGUACCCCUUCGGCCCCCGCCCACCAUCCACUGUGCCUCCUUCCUCCUCAGCCCCCAGGUCAGAGGGGCCUCCUCGCUGCGUGUCGGUGCCACCGUCAUCUGCAGACAUCCCUCCGCCGGGGCCCCCACCGGGCAGCAGUCGAACUCUGUCACCCACGCGGAGGCCACACACGCCAGCUGAACGGGUGACAGUCAGGCCGGUGGGUGACCGGUCAGUGGUGGACAUCCCGUUUACCGUGUCCCCCCGCAGGACCAAAUCCCAGCUGUUCAAGGCUGCCACUAUCGAGAGACGGUCGAUGCCUCCCUCUGGCUACAUCACACACACAGUCAGUGCGCCCAGCCUUCAUGGCAAAACGGCUGACGACACCUACAUGCAGCUGAAGAAGGACUUGGAGUAUCUGGACCUGAAGGUAGCUGGAAGUCAGACACUGAAGGAGUCAGGGAAACCUGUCAAGGUCGCAGAAAGUGACGUGGAUGUGAAGCUGAGUCGGUUAUGUGAGCAGGACAAGAUCCUGAAGGAUCUGGAGGCGAGGAUCAGCUCCCUGAAGGAGGACAAGGACAAACUGGAGAGCGUCCUGGACGUGUCCCACCAGCAGAUGGAGCAGUUCCAGGAGCAGCCAGCCCACGCUCACAAGAUCGCCUAUCAGCAGAGGCUGCUGCAGGAGGAUCUGGUCGCCAUCAGAGCCCAAAUAUCACGCCUCUCCACGGAGAUGGCACAAGCCUGGGAGGAGUACAGCAAGCUGGAGAGAUCAGUAGAGCAGCUGAGGAUGGCGCUGCACACACACAUGAGCCACAGCUCCACCCCUCUGCAAGAGAAAUCUGAGAUGAAGCGUGAGCUGUGGAGGAUCGAAGAUGUGAUGGCGGGACUGAGCUCCAGCAAAGCCAACUACAAGAUCACCAUUGACUCUGUGCAGAACCCAGAGAGGAAAUUAGUGCCUUCGGUGUCGGACCCGGCAGUGCCUUCUCAUAGCACAGAGGUCCAGCCUCCUCCUCGCAGCUCCAUCCCCACCAUCCUCUCCCAUACUUUGCCUCACAGCAGCGUGCCAAAGUGGGCAGAGGACAGCGCCCCACCCCGCCCACCACUGCCCCGCCUCUACGACUACGAAGAGACGCCCCCUGUGGUGCCUCCUCUCCCCAAAGAGGCCUCGGUCAUUCGCCAUACGUCCGUGCGUGGACUGAAACGCCAAUCAGACGAGAGGAAGAGGGACAGGGAGAGUGGGCAGUAUGUCGUCAAUGGAGACUGUAAGGCCGACUUGCGAUCGUACCUGAGUGAACCAGAGCUGCCAGGAAUGAGUCACCACAACACCGGGUCUGAGGUUGACUACCAGUAUUUCCCAGGCAAAGGCACCUCGUCUCAUCUGAACCAGUCCACCUCCAUCUCUUCCUACGUCACCCUAAGGAGAGGCCCCGGGAGCUCCGCAUCCAGGGAGAGACCUAAGAGUGCCUUGGAGCGUCUGUCAUCGCCUACAGAGGCCCUGCAGCUCCCCAGCAGCCAGGCUCGGGGCCGAAUGACCGCGGAGGAGCAGCUGGAGCGAAUGAAGCGACAUCAGAAGGCGCUGGUCCGCGAGCGCAAGAGGAACCUCAGCCAGGGGGAGCGCUCCUGCACGGGCCUCUCCACCUCCACCGUCACCAGCCAGCGCUCCUCCUCCUCCUCCAGGCUGCCCUCCAGCACCUCCGAUCCUCCGGCCUCCGUGUUUGAUUGGCAGGAGGAGCGACUGGGGGCGGAGGGUCAGAGCGAUGAAGGACGGAGCCAGGUGAAAGAGAGAGGCAGGAUUCAUUCUGAUGAGUGGGUGAAGGUGACGGCGACGGCCGCACACAUACGAGAGGUCGACGUCGAGCCUCUCGACUACGACCUGGAUAUCAGCCGAGAGCUGUCCAAACCACGAAAAGUUCCCAUCCCAGAGAGGUACGUAGAGUCGGACCCUGACGAGCCUGCGAGUCCGGAGGAGCUGAAGGAACGCUCCCGCCGGGCCGAGCGCAUCAAGAACCUCCUGGCCAAAUCCAGUGUUCAGAACAUACAACCAUCCGCCCCAUUAGACUUCAGUGAGCUGGACUCAGCUCUGCAGCAGCAGGAGAGGAUCAUGAACGUGUCCCAAACACUCGCUGCUGAGGCGUCACGCAAGAGCAAACUGGUGGCAGCCAAAGCUGCUGCAGAGCACUGACCCACAGCAACGACCAACAACAUAAAAGAAGAGAGUCGUUGUGAUGAGGAAGAGACGGAUCUAAUCAUUUCUCACUCUCCAACUAAUUGUUUUACUUGUAACAAAGCCUUUCCUAUGACUGAGAACUACAUACAUGUUUCUAAAAGAGUGAUUUGUUUGUAAUUUUCAAAUAAAAUCAAGUUUCACUGCUUCUUCACAAUUACAUCAUAAUUUUAUAACACAAGUAAAAUGCUUUGUUUUUCAAAAUCUACAAUUACAUGUUUUGCAGUUUGUAUUUUUAUGAGUGAAUAAAAUGAGUGAAAUGAAAGCCAAGGCCAACAUUCUUAAAUUACAGUAGUAAUGUUUUGACAUGAAUCUUUCAUUACAUUGUUUGGCCUGACAUGCCUGUUCAAUUUAUUCUGUCUAUUUUCUCAAUGAUCAUGGUCCUGUCAAUCAACUCAAACACAUUAGAAUAUAAUAUCAAUAAUAGUUUAACACAUGAAACAAGUCAAGUCAUUACACACAAUAAAUAUUAAAGAUAUUAAGAUUAUUUGUCUGUUUCCUUGAAAAGUUCAGACCACCUUUAUUUCAAAAAUGGAAAACAUUCGUUUCUCAGUUAUACACUCAUACAAAACAGUUUUCAUGAGGUGAAUAAACUUGAACAUAAACUUGUACUUGCA